AUGUCGAAGGAGCAUUCUUGUUGUUCGUCGACAUGCACUGUGUGGCAGAAGGAGAACCGUAAUUUGUGUUCACCGAUUUGCCACUGUGGACUGAGAUGUGCGAUGAGAACUGCUAAAACUUUGAAGAAUCGUGGCAAGCAAUUUUGGGGAUGCUCGAAGUAUAAGAGUGGUGCUGAAGAGGGUGGUUGCAACUACUUCAAAUGGUUCAAUGAUGUUGUGGAAGAGGAAAGGGGCAAAUGCUUGAAGUGUGAAGGAAACAAAGAAAGUUCGGUACACAGUGAAGAAAUGGAUAAACUGGAUGAAGGUGUUGAUAUUUUUGGUUUUUCUUUUAUGUGUAAUAAAUUCAAUUUGCGUAUCAAUGUUGAUGAGAAUGGGCUGAUGGGUUGUAACCGUGUUGUACUUUUCUUCCAUUUCAAUGAAAGUCAGACUUCUUAUUAG